AUGGCUGGAGGAUCCAUUUUUAUUGGAAUAUUCUAAUCAAUCGUACUUUGGGGUUUAGUGACGCUACAGCUGAUGAGGACAGGGGAUAUGAAUAUGACGCAUACAUCAUACAUUCAGAAGAAGAUGCCGACUGGAUUUAAAGCCCAUCAUGCACUUCACCAGGUCAUUGAAGCCAGCAGGGACUGUGUGGUUCUAGUCUUCCUUGAGGAUGUCCACGACUACAAGUUAUCCCACUCGCUCUUCCUGCGCAGAGGCAUGCUACGUUCCAGCUGCAUCCUCGACUGGCCGCACACACACACACACACACUGCACAAGAUGACCAUUUUAGCAGGUAGUUUCUCGCUCCCUUUUCUCGGAGCCAGCGUCUUCAUCGCUGUGAUGACCUACCUCACCUACAAGCUGCUCAGCGAUUACCUGCACAAAUGGAUUCAGAUGAAGCCCAUUCCUGCGUUGGAGGGAACGUACCCUUUGAUUGGGAAUGCACUCAUGUUUAAAACCGAUGCAGGAGACUUCUUCAAUCAGAUUGUGGACUUUACUCAACAGUUUUCUGAUGCACCGCUGUUUAAAAUCUGGGUUGGACCAGUUCCAUUUGUUGUUCUGUAUCACCAUGAAACAGUCGAGCCUCUUCUGACCAACUCUGUUCAUAUGGACAAAGCCUAUUCAUACACAUUCCUCCAUCCAUGGCUUGGGACUGGUCUGCUCACCAGCACUGGCCUCAAGUGGCGUCAACGACGGAAGAUGUUGACCCCCACCUUCCACUUCUCCAUCCUGGCAGACUUCUUGGAGGUGAUGAACGAGCAGGCUGAGAUCCUGGUGGAGAGGCUGGAGAAGGAAGUGGGGAAGGGUCCGUUUAACUGCUCCAACUACAUCACCCUCUGUGCCCUGGACAUUAUCUGUGAAACUGCAAUGGGAAAGAAGAUUUAUGCCCAGAGUAACUCGGAAUCAGAAUAUGUUAAAAGCGUGUACAAAAUGAGUGACAUUAUCAGCCGCAGACAAAGAACGCCUUGGUUCUGGCCUGAUUUUAUAUACAACUACUUCGGUGAUGGCAAAGAGCACGAUAAGACACUUAGAGUCCUUCACUCAUUCACAUACAAAGUGAUAAAUGAAAGAGCAGAAAACAUUUCAAACAUUGAAUCCGACAGUGAGUCUGAACAGGGCAUGAGGAAACGACGGGCGUUCUUGGACAUGCUUUUGAAGACUAUAGAUGAAGACGGCAACACUAUGAGCCAUCAGGACAUUCAGGAGGAAGUGGACACUUUCAUGUUUGAGGGUCAUGAUACUACGGCAUCCUCUAUGACCUGGGCCCUUCACUUGCUGGGCUCCCACCCCGAGGCGCACCGCAAAGUGCAACAAGAGCUCGAGGAGGUUUUCGGUGCAUCUGAGCGACCCAUUACCACAGAUGACCUCAAGAAGCUCAAGUACCUGGAGUGUGUGAUCAAAGAGGCCCUACGACUUUAUCCAUCUGUGCCCUUUUUUGCUCGCAGCCUCUGUGAAGACUGCCAUUUCAGAGGAUUCAAAGUGCCCAAAGGUGCAAAUGCUAUCAUCAUCACCUACGCCCUCCAUCGUGACCCACGAUACUUCCCUGAACCCGAGGAGUUCAGACCAGAGCGCUUCCUGCCUGAAAACUCAGUGGGAAGGCCUCCUUAUGCAUACAUUCCUUUCUCUGCCGGACUCCGCAACUGUAUUGGCCAGCGUUUUGCACAAAUGGAAGAAAAGGUGGUUUUAGCAUCCAUUCUGCGUAACUUCAACAUUGAAGCUUGUCAGAAACGUGAAGAGCUGCGUCCGGUCGGAGAGCUCAUCCUACGACCAGAAAAGGGCAUUCUCAUCAAACUGGAAAAGAAGAAACCUCAGUCCUCAUCUACAUAAAACAUCCUCUCCUUUGCAAUUACUUUUUUUUUUUCUGAUUCAGUUUCCUUUAUUUACAGAAGCUCCUUAAAUACCGCUUGGUGGAAACUUUCCUAAACCUUCAAGAGGUCAGACAGAAUUAGCUUGGUAUUUGGAAAGUUCUUUAAUAAUUAUUAUCAUAAUUUACAAACUUAGACUUUGGCAAAAUAAAGUGGGAUCUCUCUUGGACAUAGUUAGCUUUAGGGGAUUAGCUUCAUGAUA